AGAAAGCAAAGCAUUCACGAAAUAGUUUGUUACAGAUAUGACUAUUCUUUUCCUCUUCCACUGGUGGCGGUUCAGAAUUGGUCAAAUGUAUUUAAUAAAUUUUGCAUAGGUACAGAUCAGAAGUGGAGCAAGAAUACAACUAAUUUGGAGUCACUUGUUCCAGGGUGUUCCUAUUCUCAUAUAUCCAUCUUCAUAGUUGGCUACAAAUCAAAGCCGAUAUGCAGUGAUUGGGGAAAAAGCUCAAAUUGGUGGUCCGACGACAAAGGAAAACCUGCCAAGAUGACUGAAUUCCAGCAGGAAAUCCAGCUCUCAUAUUUCAAGCACACCUAAAAAUGAACAAAUAAUACAAGUAUAUGUGUAUUCUGUCAUAUUUACAUUCUGUCGUACGAAACAAAUUCAAACAGCAAGUAGAAGCAAUUGACAAGAAGAAAGAGUGGCAUCGGGAGAUUACUGAAAAGCUUCACCGCAAGGUGGAAAGUGGUUCUGGAUGUCUGAGCAUCCACACAGUUCCAACGAAACUUCGACGAGUGAAGGAUGAGGCCUACAACUGUCGCAUUGUCUCAAUUGGUCCUUUGCAUCUAGGCAACCAUGACCUUGCAGCCAUGAGAGAGCGUAAAUGGGCUUACAUGCAUCACUUAUUUCAGCGAAUUGAAGAUCGUCAGCAGUUUCUAGAGUGUUGGAAAGAGUGCACGAGUGCUGUUUAUGAUUUAGACUCAGAAAUUCGUGGCUGCUAUGCUAAAAGGAUGAGCCACAAAGACAAGGGACACAAGGAGCUUGCAGAAGUUGUGUUAGUUGAUGGAUGCUUCAUUCUGGAACUUUUCCUCAAGUAUGAGGAACACUUGAAUAUGACACUGGAUUAUCAAUCUGAUGCAAUAUUCAAUAGUGCUUGGAUGAUCGCGGCUCUUCAACAUGAUCUAGCACUACUCGAAAACCAGAUCCCCUUUAUGAUUCUCGAGCGUUUAUAUGAGGCCAUUAAGCCUCAUCUAAAGAAUAGUCGACCAAACUCUGUCGCUAGCCUUGCUCUUACUUUUUUUCAACCCAUGAACUAUAAGGCCUUUGUAGAAGAUUGGGACACGCAGUACAACCAUUUGCUUGAUGUCUUGCACAAAUUUUACCUCCCAAGUAAUUGUGACAUCUCAGUAGAAAUUGAAAUGAUUACCGAAAUGAAACAUCAUUCCAGACCUGAACCAGUAUUCGGCAGUACUAAAAAAUGGGGAUUCAAUUUUUGUGCUUCAGAGCUUUCGGACGCUGGAAUCGAGUUUCAGAAGCAGCAGAGGACGGACCAUUUGUUGAACAUAACUUUCAGCAGGGGAGUAAUUAAAAUUCCACCGAUUUUCAUUGACGAUUCACUCUUGAGGAACUUGAUUGCUUUCGAGCAAUGCAGUCUUGGCAGCCUGCAUCACAUGACAUCAUACGCAAUUCUCUUGAAGAGUCUCAUUCGUUCCCCGCGAGAUAUCAGACUACUUAAGCAAAGAGGGAUCAUAAGUUCCAAUUGGAUUAGAGAAGAAGAGUACUUGUCUCAACUCAAAAGUAUACUUGAUGAAGUUGUUGUGAAGGAGUUCUACUUUGGUGAUUUGUGUGACAAAGUGAAUGCUUACCAUGGCAAGUUCUGGUUUCGCAGAGGUAUAAAGUACAUUUAUCGCACUUAUUUCUCCACAGCAUGGAGUAUGAUAUCAUUUGUUGCAGCCAUUAUACUUUUCAUUCUCACAGCUUUACAAACAUUCUUUACUGUCCGCCCUCGCUAACACUACUCAUUAUUCAGUCAUUUAUAUGUGUUUAAAGUUUCAUCCUGUACGGAUAAGUAAUCUGUAUCAUCCUUCUGCUUUCAUGAUUUAUGUGCAAUUGUAUGGAGCCAAAAGUGGAUAUUCUGUUCA